UAUUCCUUACAAAAGGAAAACAUCUCGCGAGUAGGGUUGUGUGUUUUGAAAGGCUCGCGGAUGCUGUUUUACGGUAUAUUAGUUCAAACUGAAACGCGGAAGAACGUAGGACAAGAAGGACAACUGUAGUUAUCGAUACAGCACGACAUUUACCUGAAUAUCCGAUACUGAUGCGAGAACAGACUCGUGCUUUGUGGAAUUAUUUUCCUCUUUCAAUGAUAUCCACAAAUCAAAAGCGAAGAUCCAACAAGGAUGUAACACAUCGGAAUACUUGGGAUUUUCCUCACAGCCGUGCUCAUGUUUGGGCUAACCUUUCAGGCUGUUGUUAGUGGAGUUCAUAGGGGGUAUCGUUAAUGUUUCAUAAUGGGAUGAUGUUCAGUGCUGAAUGUCAUACUGCUAGUGUUUGCAUCAUAAUUCCUCAACUGACAUUCAGAUGUUGUCUUCUAGAACUGCAUGAAGAGCAUUUCCAUGAGGUUCCCUCUGAAAAGAGGGAGUGAAGGUUGCAUCCAUCUCAUAAAAUCCCAAACGUCUAGUAGCCCUUUACUCAUGUACUCACAGACUGAGGUAUGAAAAUGGAUAAACUCACCAUUAUUUCAGGAUGUCUCUUUCUCGUGGCAGAUAUCUUCGCAAUUGCAAGUGUUGCAAAUCCAGACUGGAUCAAUACAGGUGGUCAAGAGGGUGCUCUGACUCUGGGUCUAGUCAAGCAAUGCCAGACCAUCCAUGGUCGAACCAGGGUAUGCAUCUCCCCAAGCCUUCCUCCAGAAUGGAUCACUACCCUGUUCUUCAUCAUAUUAGGCAUCAUCUCACUCUCUAUCACAUGUGGCCUGCUUGUGAUCUCACACUGGAGACGAGAGGCUACAAAAUAUGCCCGUUGGAUCGCCUUCAUGGGAAUGGUCUUCUUCUGCAUGGCCUCUCUCAUAUUUCCAGUUGGAUUUUACAUCAAUCAAGUUGGAGGACAACCUUACAAAUUACCCAAUAAUACUGUGGUUGGGUCCUCAUAUGUACUGUUUGUUUUAUCAAUAUUUUUUACAAUAGUUGGACUUCUUUUUGCGGGUAAAGUCUGUUUGCCUGGCUGACAAAUGAUCUGGUUUUACAAA